AUGCUCUCAUGCUCUGCCCUCUCACUCCAACGUCGUUCCAUCAUACCCCCCCCUUGGCCCCUUCCUCUUGUGCACGACGCGUGCAGUGAUGUGCACAUGAACCAAUCGCUCUCCCCCCUCCCACCCCCUCCUCUUGUGCACGACGCGUGCAUUGAUGUGCACAUGAACCAAUCGCUCUCCCCCCUCCCACCCCCUCCUCUUGUGCACGACGCGUGCAGUGAUGUGCACAUGAACCAAUCGCUCUCCCCCCUCCCACCCCCUCCUCUUGUGCACGACGCUUGCAGUGAUGUGCACAUGAACCAAUCGCUCUCCCCCCUCCCACCCCCUCCUCUUGUGCACGACGCGUGCAGUGAUGUGCACAUGAACCAAUCGCUCUCCCCCCUCCCACCCCCUCCUCUUGUGCACGACGCGUGCAGUGAUGUGCACAUGAACCAAUCGCUCUCCCCCCUCCCACCCCCUCCUCUUGUGCACGACGCUUGCAGUGACGUGCACAUGGACCAAUCGCUCUCCCCCCUCCCACCCCCUCCUCUUGUGCACGACGCGUGCAGUGAUGUGCACAUGAACCAAUCGCUCUCCCCCCUCCCACCCCCUCCUCUUGUGCACGACGCGUGCAGUGAUGUGCACAUGAACCAAUCGCUCUCCCCCCUCCCACCCCCUCCUCUUGUGCACGACGCGUGCAGUGAUGUGCACAUGAACCAAUCGCUCUCCCCCCUCUCACCCCCUCCUCUUGUGCACGACGCGUGCAGUGAUGUGCACAUGAACCAAUCGCUCUCCCCCCUCCCACCCCCUCCUCUUGUGCACGACGCUUGCAGUGACGUGCACAUGGACCAAUCGCUCUCCCCCCUCUCACCCCCUUCUCUUGUGCUCGACGCGUGCAGUGAUGUGCACAUGAACCAAUCGCUCUCCCCCCUCCCACCCCCUCCUCUUGUGCACGACGCGUGCAGUGAUGUGCACAUGAACCAAACGCUCUCCCCCCUCCCACCCCCUCCUCUUGUGCACGACGCUUGCAGUGACGUGCACAUGGACCAAUCGCUCUCCCCCCUCUCACCCCCUUCUCUUGUGCUCGACGCGUGCAGUGAUGUGCACAUGAACCAAUCGCUCUCCCCCCUCCCACCCCCUCCUCUUGUGCACGACGCGUGCAGUGAUGUGCACAUGAACCAAACGCUCUCCCCCCUCCCACCCCCUCCUCUUGUGCACGACGCUUGCAGUGACGUGCACAUGGACCAAUCGCUCUCCCCCCUCUCACCCCCUUCUCUUGUGCUCGACGCGUGCAGUGAUGUGCACAUGAACCAAUCGCUCUCCCCCCUCCCACCCCCUCCUCUUGUGCACGACGCGUGCAGUGAUGUGCACAUGAACCAAACGCUCUCCCCCCUCCCACCCCCUCCUCUUGUGCACGACGCGUGCAGUGACGUGCACAUGGACCAAUCGCUCUCCCCCCUCUCACCCCCUUCUCUUGUGCUCGACGCGUGCAGUGAUGUGCACAUGAACCAAUCGCUCUCCCCCCUCCCACCCCCUCCUCUUGUGCACGACGCGUGCAGUGAUGUGCACAUGAACCAAACGCUCUCCCCCCUCCCACCCCCUCCUCUUGUGCACGACGCGUGCAGUGACGUGCACAUGGACCAAUCGCUCUCCCCCCUCUCACCCCCUUCUCUUGUGCUCGACGCGUGCAGUGACGUGCACCAGAACCAGUUGUCCGGACCUCUGCCAUCCGCCCUCUCCACUCUCGCCCGCCUCAACACCCUAUUUCUAAGCAGCAACAAUUUCACGGGCCCUAUUUUCGACGUCAUUGUCAACAUGCCAUCCCUUGUUACCCUUUCAUUCUACAACAAUAGCUUCACAGGGCCCAUUCCGCCCGCCGUCUCACGCCUGCACCGCCUUGCGUUUCUCGAAAUGGAUGCCAACCCCUUGCAUGUGCCACUGCCACAAGAAAUCAGCCAUCUCACCGCCCUCUCCUUCCUGAGCAUGGCACGGACUGGCAUUUCUGGCCCACUGCCCGACACCAUCAGUGCCCUCACCGCCCUGGAAAACAUCUACGCGCCAUCCAACGCCAUCACAGGAAGCAUCCCCUCGACCGUUUCUGCCCUUUCCCGCCUCGAGUUCUUGGUGCUGAGUUUGAACCCCUUUCUCACGGGAUCACUGCCUCGCGCUCUCUCCCGCCUCACCAGACUCCAGCAGCUUAUUGUCGGCAACACGGCCAUCUCGGGCCGGCUGCCUCGCUUCCUCGCAGCCCUCACUCGCCUCACUGUGCUUGAAUUGAUCGGAACGAAGGUUCAAGGAAAAAUCCCUGCCGCUUUUGGAGCCCUCACGAAUCUUGUAACCUUUGAUUAUCCUGAUGCUGGGGUGGGCUGCCCAAUGGAGGGGCGCUGUGAAAUAAAGCAGGACCGUUCAUCCAUGUUUUGCAGGAUCUGUUCGACUUUCUGCUCCACUUGUAUCCCAAUCAACG